AAAAACAUUGAUUUCCUGUAAUUUAAUUUGCUUUUGCUUGGGAAUAUACAGACGGGUAAUGCGGUUAGUAGGCGAUCAGGAUGGGUGAUGGAGUGACGAAAACUGGGGCAUACAAGUAUGAGGAUGGAACGAGGUACAUUGGGGAUUGGAAUGGAAGAGGAAUGAAGCAUGGAGCUGGUUCCCUGAUGCUUCCUGAUGGCACCAGAUACGAUGGAGGCUUUCAUAACGGCUUGUGUUCAGGACUGGGAGUCAUCGUAUUCCCCGAUGGUGCGAAAUUCGAGGGAGAGUUCAUGCAAGGCUGGUUUCAUGGUCAUGGAGUAUUCUGGAGAUCCGAUGGUAUGAAAUUCGAGGGUGAAUUCCGUGGCGGUCGUAUCUGGGGGCUCGGUCUUGUAACUUAUGCCGACGGAUCUCACGGAUUUCCCAGGAACGAGGGAUUUUUCCAGGACUGUCGUCUGGUGCGAAGGCGCAGGUGUCCAGAUGCCAUUCAAAAAGCGCAAAAAAUCGCCCUCAUGGCUAGGGCUCAAACAGCCCCGUAGAAUGUUGCAAUCAGCUGUUUAAUGAUCAUCUCCAAUGUAAUGAAUAAAUUUAUUUAGAAAAUUACCCCAUCAACUCAA